GGCGGGCUCCUCGAAGCUUCCCCUUUCCUGCCCCGGGCUCCUUCCCUCACAGCGACUCUGAGAAGAAGGGGACCAUGGCUCCCCGCGCCGCCCUUGUCCGCCAGACCUGCUGUUGUUUCAAUGUCCGGAUUGCCACCUCCGCCCUGGCCAUCUAUCACGUGAUCAUGAGCAUCUUGCUGUUCAUCGAGCACUCGGUGGAGGUGGCUCAUGGCAAAGGCUCCUGCAGGUUCUCCAAGACUCUGUAUCUCAGGAUCGCCAAUGUGAUCUCCAGCUUCCUGCUCAUCCUGAUGCUGUUUCUCAUUAGCCUGAGUCUGCUGAUCGGCGUGGUCAAGAGCCGGGAGAGGUGCCUGCUGCCCUUCCUAUCCCUACAAGUCAUGGACUUCCUGCUCUGCUUGCUCACACUGCUGGGCUCCUACAUCGAGCUGCCUGCCUAUCUCAAGUUCGUCUCCCGGACCCAGCCGGGCCAUUCCAGGGUCCCAAUAAUGACCUUGAAGCUGAUGGACUUUUGCCUGAGCAUCCUGACCCUCUUCAGUUCCUUCAUGGAAGUGCCCACCUAUCUCAACUUCAAUUCCAUGAACCACAUGAAUUAUCUCCCGAGACAGGAGGACAUGUCUCAGAGCCAGUUUGUCAAAAUGAUGAUCAUCUUUUCCAUCGCCUUCAUCGCGGUUCUCAUCCUCAAGGUCUACAUGUUCAAGUGCGUGUGGCGAUGCUACCAGCUCAUCAAGCACAUGAACUCGGAGGCCGAGAGGAGCAGCUCCAAGAUGAUCUCGAAGGUGGCCCUGCCAACCUACGAGGAAGCCCUGUCUCUGCCCUCCAAGUCUCCAGAGGGGAAUCCGGCUCCGCCCCCAUACUCAGAGGUGUGACCAGGCCAGGCCCCAGCCCUGGAGCUGGGAGGGGCCCGUGCUCCACAGCUGCUGCUUUGCUUUGGUGGGGUGGCCGCCUAGCUAAUUACAGGACCAUCUGCUGCGCACCCCUCUCCGGCUCACUCACAGUUGGGUCCCCUUCAGCUGAAUGGCUCUUCAAAAUGCUCCAAAAAAAAAAAUCUACUCCAACAGUUGGGCUACUUUUCCAUGAGCAAUGCUACUUUUCAGAUGACAGUUCUGGGUUUUUGGUGAGUUUGGUCAGACAGCCAUUGGCUUGAUCCAUUGAACCAAGCAGCUGAGAAGUAAGCCACACCGAUCAGACCAGUAAAAUAAUUUGGUUAAACAAUGAGCAAUCCAACCAACCACCUGUCACUGAGCAUUAGGAUGAAGCCAGGCGCUGCUGGCUCAUGCCUGUAAUCCUAAUGAAUCAGGAGACUGAGAGCUGAGGAUCACUGUGUGAAGCCAGCC